AAAUGAAGGGGAGAUGCUGUGAUUGUGAGGACUGGCAUAGCUCAGAAGGAAGAGUUCGCAAGCUUGACAUAAUUUAGGUUGUACUAUCUCCCAGAAAGCUGCAGCCUGUUUUAAUGUUUUAUGGAUUUUUAUCAGGCAGCAAAAACAGCAGUGGGAAAAUGAAUUCCGUCCUAGUUCCUUCUGAAAUAGGUGACAAAAAGAGAAGAGACACUGAAAACACGUGAUUCUUGUUAUCAUUGAGCAGCAGAGGUAAAAAAAAACGGGGUUUAAAAUGCUCGACGGCUGGAGAAACGGACUAGCUAUGUGACAACACACACAAAAGCCCCGUCGUGCUUACCUUUUCAUUUUCCCCCUUUUCUCCCCAAAGGGCAACGUUUGUUCUGGGAUCGCAGUUUAUAAUUAGCCAGUGGAUUUUCAUUUUGCCUUCUUUUUUUCUCUCUUUAUCUGUACGCGAAUCAGUCUCACUUAAAUUUGAAAUCUAAUGCAUCCCUUUAGCCGCCCAGCAUGUCUUCAAGGAAGAUUUCGUCGGAAUCGUUCAGUUCAAUGGGAUCAGAUUAUCUUGAGAGCCCCGAUGACGGAGAAUGCCCCUUUUCCAGGGUAUUUUGGAAUGGGAAGAGCCCCUCCGGGUCUCUUUCGUGCCCAUUUGAAGACAUCGGGGUAAAACGGGCACCAAGGAGGAGACGCGUUAACUUGGACUCACUCGGCGAGAGCUUGAGGAGGCUCACGUCGCCUACGACUCAAACAGUGCAGCAAGCUCUCCAGAGAACUGUGCAGAUCUACAAGCAUCAAGUAAUAAGGAGCAAUGAUGAUGAGAAAGAAACACAUAACCUUUCGAACAGAUGCUCCUAUCUGGACCAUUCAGGCACAGAGGAGCUGGAAGAUAUCUCAGGAAUUCUACAAUGCACCGCCACGUUACAAGGAAUGAAGUUUGAAGAGUUGCGGGAGAAGUUUGGAGAGGAGUUCUUCGGCCUGUGCUUUGAGGAGAAUGAGCGGGUCCUCAGGGCAGUGGGCAGUACCCUGCAGGACUUCUUCAAUGGGUUUGAUGCCCUGCUGGAACACAUACGGACUUCCUGUGGCAAGAGGGCGUCCAACGAGUCACCCUCCUUCCUAUGCAAAGACACCCCUGAGGGCGGCACGCUCCUGCUGCACUGUUUCCACCCCUCAGCCACAGUGGGCUUGGCCAUGCCAGGGCUCAUCAAGGCUGCGGCCAGGAGGAUAUACCACAUGGAGGUGCAGGUGGAGGAGCUGACUGGCUCCUCUGACAAGCUGCCUUUAGAUGGGACGCUCGCGGGCGGCUACAACUGCCUCAGCUUCCUCAUCAAAGUCUCCCAGCCCUCGGGGGUUCCCAAGCCACUCCCCUUGAAGUUGUCCUUUUCCCCACCGGACCUACGCAUCAGCCUCAGCACCUUCUGCAGAGCUUUCCCCUUUCACCUGGUGUUUGACCCCAGCAUGGCGGUCCUGCAGCUGGGGGAGGGGCUGCGAAAGCAGAUCAAGUGUGAAGCACACAGGGCCUUGAACUUCCGCGAUUACUUCGAGAUCGUCUCGCCAAUAAUCGCCAGCACUUUUCAAGGAAUUCUCUUGAGACUUUCUACACCCUUUGUGAUAAGAACACGGCCUGAACCUUCUGGACUCGAUUCCAAGGAAAAAGUGAUGGAAAUUAAAGGACAGAUGAUCCAUGUCCCCGAGUCCAACUCCAUCCUUUUUUUGGGUUCUCCCUGCGUGGACAAGCUGGAGGAGCUGAUGGGCCGAGGUCUGCACCUGUCAGACAUCCCAAUCCACGACGCCACACGAGACGUCAUCCUAGUGGGGGAACAGGCCAAGGCCCAGGACGGGCUGAAGAAACGUAUGGACAAGCUGAAGGCCACGCUGGAGAGGACGCACCAGGCCCUGGAGGAGGAAAAGAAGAAGACCGUGGACCUCCUCUAUUCUAUCUUCCCCGGGGACGUGGCCCAGCAGCUGUGGCAGGGUAAAACGGUGCAGGCGCGCAAGUUCGACGAUGUCACCAUGCUCUUCUCCGACAUAGUGGGCUUCACAGCCAUCUGUGCCCAGUGCACCCCCAUGCAGGUCAUCAGCAUGCUGAACGAGCUCUACACUCGCUUUGAUUACCAGUGUGGCAUCCUGGAUGUCUACAAGAUUGAAACAAUAGGUGAUGCUUACUGUGUGGCUGGAGGCCUCCACAGGAAGAGUGACAGCCACGCCAAGCCCAUUGCACUAAUGGCACUAAAGAUGAUGGAGCUCUCAGAAGAAGUUCUGACACCGGAUGGAAAACCCAUCAAGCUGAGGAUCGGGAUUCACUCUGGCUCCGUUCUGGCAGGGGUUGUUGGUGUGAAGAUGCCUCGAUACUGCCUGUUUGGGAAUAAUGUAACUCUUGCCAGCAAGUUUGAAUCUGGAAGCCAUCCUCGGUGCAUCAAUGUCAGUCCGACUACAUACCAGCUUCUGAAGGAAGAUAAAAACUUUGCUUUUAUUCCACGCUCCCGCUUGGAGCUUCCUGAUAAUUUCCCAAAGGAAAUCCCUGGGAUCUGCUAUUUCCUGGAAGCUGGCUCAUCCCAGAACCAAGGCUCCAUAGCCAGCUCAACUACAGCCAUGUCUGUCCGCAUCAGGAAGAUCUCCUACAAUAUUGGCACCAUGUUCCUCCGAGAGACCAGUUUAUGAAGACUAACAAAGUCGAGGACAAAAGCUCAAAGAAAACUAUUGGGUUUUUUUAAGAAGUGCUGUUACUGUCCAAGGUCCUGAACAGCCCACAGGGAAUGCAGAGAGACAAAGGAAGUGAAGAGAGUUCUGGUCCAUAAUACAAACAACUUGAGCGAACAACUUACUUUGAGCAUUGCAGGUAUGAGAUAUUAUUGUAUAAUUCGGUGCCUUUUAUCCACACAACUGAAGUGAGUUGGACACGUAUCUUAUUGAAGCACACCUUUCUGAAAACCUAUCUCAUUCUCAGCAGUGCAGCUCUGUGUUUCUGUCUGUUUGAAAUCUUUCACACUGCUCUGUCCCCGGUAGCUCUGUCCUUGGAUUUCAAUGUUGGACAGCAUAAUUGUUUGCAGUCCUGUGCCAGCCAAGUCUACUCACGGAACAGUCCACCUGCCCUCCUUGUUUCUGCAGCACUGCAUCAGAGGGAUAAACAACACACAACAUGCAUCAUAGCAUGCAAAGUUAAUGUAGCAUUUAAAUUUGUACGUGGUACUGGGGUAUACUGUUACAAAACCAAACAGAUUCAUUCUGCUGUCUUUGUUAAAUCUUGGACUCUUUAUCACACAUGAAGUGCACUCAUUUACAAUUUUCAGAAUCCAGUAAAAGCAAUCUCAAUCAUGCUUGGCACAAUUUACUUUAAUUUCUUUAUUUGAUUUGUCUUUUAAUUGCCACCUUCAUAUACUAAAUCACAGUAUCUUUUACAAAACAAUAACUGACCUGAAUUUAUAUUCUCAGAAAUAGAACAGUGUACAUACUGUAACCUGUUCAUUGUCCCUGAAGCGUUAAAUAUGUCCUAUUAGUAUUGAAGAAAUUGUGUUGCAUUUAUCUAGAACUAUUUUGCCAAGCUAAAUAAAGAUUGUAUUUUACAAUGGGAGUUAUUUGGAACAAAAAUAAAUGUAUUAUUGUUAGUGUAUAGUGUAUAACAUCAGUUCACUGAAAUCUAAGGAGAAUGGCAGCUUGCUCUGCUCUUGCCUAUGGGUCACCACUGGUCCGGCAUGCCAAGCUUAAAGUGGGACUUAGAGACAGGCAAAGGUACCUUGAAGAAUGGUGCCUGAAGUUACAAUCCUAUCAUGUAGACUAAUGGCUUGAUAAAUAUCAACUCACAGAGAUGCAGCUUCUCCUGACUGAAACCCUUUAUGAAUCUGUAGUUAAUUCCCAGCCCUGAGGACAACUGUCAAACUGCGAAAUACAAAGAGACAUAAAAAAUCAACAUUUUCUUUGCAAGCUGUUUGUCCCCAUAGACAUACAAUAUAUUAAAUAGUAAUAAUGGGGCUUUUUCCAUUAUCACUCAAAUGGUGUGAAAAAGUGCUGCUUACCAAGUAUCAUAGCUGGCAUUUUUAGAUAUUUGCCUUUAAACACUAUAGGAAAUAUAUUGUGUAUUGUACUGUACAUGAAGAUAAGCACUUGUUGGGAAAAUAUUACCUUUCUUCUAAAGAACCAUAAAAGAAUAGAUAAGAUCAAAAUAAGUGCCAUUGUACAUUUCUGUUUAGCACUCCAUUUCGCAAUCAGUGCAACUGCAUUUUUAUGUGUAAUGACUACAUUAUAGCUAGUGUUUGUAUUUAUUUAGAAAAUUAUGUAAUUAUUUUGCUGUUUCAGUACUGUGGUCCUGACACAUGAUGUCAUAACACAGCACGAUAAAAAGCAUUGUCAGUGAAUAUGAAAAACAAAUAUCCAGGCAAACUAUACUUCAAGCAAAAUUGCACAAAUGGGGACUUAUUUUCUGUUUAAUGGAGUUAUAACCGAAGUUGUAGUCCGAAGUUGGAAUUCAAAUGGAAGAGGUUCCAAGAUUAGAUCCUUAGCACACUUCCUUUUGUAUAUAAGUCUUGUAUCUGGGAUUUCCCAUAGUGCAUCUCUUUCUUACCCCUCCUGCCAACCCAUCCAAACCCCUGCAGCAGCUCCCUGGCCAAAUCUCACAAUACUGACUGGUGGGGAUUCUAGGGUUUACCAAACAGGCCAGGUUGCCAAUUCCCUCCGUUUUGCAAGCAAUGCCAAGUGCUCCCUGCACAUCUGAUCUCUCUAGAAUUUUACUAAAGCUAACCCAGCUACAGAAAUAUGGACUAGAUUUUAUUUUGUCAUCUACAUUAGAUGUUUGUAUUUGCAGAGUCAAGGCUCCACACUUCAUGGUUAUUGUACUGGAAAACAAAGGGUGUUGGAAAAUAAAAGAAAAUGGAAUUAUCCAACUAGAGGAAAAACGUAAUUAGGCUAUCUAUUCUCUCCCACAGUUUCUGCUAUGAAGGGAAUUGUAGUGGUGAGCUGAAUAGAUGAAGAAUUUGAGAUUUAAAAUAAGGGAAUAAUUGACAGGUCUGAAUAAAAUUAAAAAGGUUACACGUGCUUCCCAGUUUAAUUGAAAGAAAUGCCAGGAGCUGGAAAUUUGCAAACCUAAGUAAAAGAAAUUAUGAUUGACAUUUUACAUAAAAGAAGAUUUUAUCUUUCCCUCAGAGGAUAAUAAUUCGGUAGCUCUAUCUUAUUAUUCUGAUUAUUUGUGCUGCUGUGAUUUUGUUCUUCUAUUUACAGUAUUAUACUGGGCAGUAAAAAAUAAGGCAUUUAUUAAAUGAUAGCUAACUCUGAAUUGUAUGGUAUCAGUCUAAAUUUAUUUAUCCAAGAAAGGAAGAAAUAAAAUAGUGUUAAUUACUGUAUAUAUAUUUUGAAAUAUAGUUACAUGUGAUUAGUAUCUGGUUGACACUCAAUGGUGUUUAUUGCAUUAUCUUUACAAAUAUUAGUUCAGAAAAGGUACAGUAGGUGUUAGAUUUACAACAGGAAAUAAUUAUACUUUGUCCAGAGUUUACUAACUGUAUGUUUAUUGAUCUCAAUUCAAACAUUUCAUUAAUGGUUUUCAAAAACAUUUUAAAUAUUAAUGUGUUAAAAAGUACUUUAACUGAUUUUACUUUCAAAGUUAACAUUUCCAAGUUUUCCAAUUACUCUUUUAUAAAUGGCACAAAAACAUCUAAUUUUUUAGCACAAAGUUUUUAUUUAAUUCUUGUGAGAUUUCCAUGUUUUUCAUUCAGGCAACAUGGAACUUCAAUACCAGCUUUAGUACAGAUUUAAAUGAAAAUCUAAAGUGCAUGUAGUUAGCUUAUACAAAGCAUUUGAAAAUGUAAAAGAAAUGUUUAAACAGACCAAAGCAUAAAAAUCUAGUUUUAAAGCAGAUAAUGUGGAAGCUGUAAUUGCUUACAGCUGAGACAAAUUAAACCAAGUCUUAAAAGUUAUAAGCCCAGGUGUGACUAAUUAAACAAAUCCUGGCAAAGCUUAAAAAGCUUUGUGCAACAGCACCUGUUUCUGAGGGUGUUAAAACUGACAUUUAAAUGUAAAUUAAUUGACAAAAUCUUUAUUUUGGGACAUAUUGUACCUUGUGCUGCAUAGUUAUAAAGAAAAAUACAGUUGAAAAAGUAUGUGUUCGUAGAUUUAAUCAUUAUUUCUUUGUUCUAAAAACAUAGUAAAGUAUAUUUUUAGCAUAUUAAUUAGGAUUGACAUGCACAGUAGCAAUCCACUGUGUACUUGACAACCCUUCAGACAUUCAGACAGUGCAUUAAAACAGCACUAAUUCCAUGCAGCUGCUGAAGCUGAAAAAUGACAACGAAUACACAUAUUGAAAGCAGUUCGGCCUUUGGCUUUUUGUGAGGUAUUCUGCUUUGUUGAAAUUUGCUGCCUUUGCAAAAGAGCAAUGAGAGAUUCUAGGCAAUGUUGUUCUGUGAUGGUCCUGGCCUGUUCCUAGGUAUUCUACUGUACUAUUCAUCCCUCUUGAACUGUGUAACUUUAGUACACCAAGCCCUUAAACUUCUUGCUUGUAUUUUGGAUGUGUUUCAGUUCCUGAGCAGCAGACCCCUGUUAUAAAUUGUUACAAAACGUACAGGACAGGUAUAUCAGAUGCUAUAUUUCAGUUUUUGUCUCAAAAUCUUCAAAAUCAGGUUUCUUGUUGCAGUGACUGGGUUGAAUUUAAGUUGGGGCCCUGCAGCUCCAAGAAUGCUUCCUUUUGAUGGUUUGGUAUGUCCACCUAUAUCUGCACGUCAUUAAUUGCUACGGUUAAUUGCAUUUUUAAAAAGCUACAAUGAAAGCAACUCCUAAUCACAGUUCUCGGAGAUUACACUCUUAAAUGAGAUCAUUUAUGCCUGCAUCUAUUCCUAUUUCUUUUUGCAUUGCUGAAUUACCCUGUACUUGUUCCUUAUGCAGCUCCCCACAGUAACCUACUGUAUAAUUGAAAGUAUUUGUAAGUUGUGAGUGCAGAAAACAGUUAAAAGUCAAUCAGAUAGUUCAAUUAAGAACCCAAUAAUUCUAACUGAAUAAUUAAUACGUUAUUGGAGUAAAAAUCAGGAGACUUGGGGAUACUCCAGGACCAAGAAUACAAAGUGUUGUAGAGAGAAGCAAAUAUCUGAAAGCAGUGGUUUUCAUUACCCAUUGACGGAACUGGCAAGACCUACAUUCAACAGAGUGCCACAUGUCCAGCCUGGAGCACUUUUCUAUACAGACUGAUAGCAUUUAAAAAAAGGCAAGGCCUGCCAAAAAUAACAGAUUGAUUUCAAGAGGGACAACGACAUCCAAGAAGUCGAUGGUUUGUGAACAUUUAAGUAUUUUAGGUGGGAUAGGUCUGGCAUAACAAACUCCUUUAAAGGGCAGGCCCCUGGCCAUAGGACAAGGAGUCUGGAACCCCAGGUAGAGAGGGGAGUGAACCAGGGGGACACUGCAAGGAGGAGAUGGGGGGGAGGAAAGAUGCUUCAGACAAAUGCGAAGGGAGGUGUUUGUGUCAAAUACGGUACAUAGCAAUGAUAAUGAUCAGGAACAGCUGUGGAAGAUUGAUUUGCUGUUAUUAUGCCUCCCAAACUUCAGUUAAUAACUCCCAUUUCAAAACAAGAUUCAGCCUAUUUCCUAUUUAAGUUCAUGUAUUGAUUUCAGUAAUAAACUACUGUAAAUUGCCUUUUCUGAAAAUCUGAAAUACCUGUAUAGACCUUCUCUGUGAAUUUUCAGUAAGCUACUCUAAAGACCAGAUCAUUUCACUGAUGUGUGAGGUGAUCGGGAUCAUGUAAAUUGCUUAUAAUUAAAAGGCAUUUAAAUGAGCCACAUGUUUCUAACAACAAAAAAACGCCUUUUUCGUUUGAUAGCUGACCCAUCUGCUGACUUCAUAACUUUCAUAACGAUGAAAUGAAUGUCCGUUACAUUUAUAAUUGAAGUACAUACAGUAGUUCCCACAAAGUUAGCCAUUACAAUUUGAUAAAAACACAGGAAAUCAGUAUAUAAAUAAAAAUGUGAAUAUUCACCAGGUACUGGAGCACUGAAAUCACCAGCAAAAGAAGCUAAAUCUCUUUUAAUAUUUAUAAUGUCAAAUACCUUCACCACAAAGCGAAAUCUGGCAGGUGUCGAUACAGUAUGUAGCAAUCCUAUGAUGUCUGCCAUGUCAAUGGUCGUAGCAUAGUACUGGUUCUGAGGUACAACAGAUACCUGCGAGCUAACAGAGCUCAACAGCUUGAUGGGAUAGUUAGCUCACCAGGGAAGGCUGAUAAUGCACGCUUAGGAAAGAGAUGUCACAAUUACAACUAUAAAUCAUGCAUAUUGACGAACACACAGAUGCUUAAAAAGAAGCUUGUCUCAUUGUAGAUGUUGCAAAGCUCUUUAAACUGAGAUGAACUGUAGUACGUCCAGUUCACCUGCCUGUAAGAAAUGCUUAUAUAUAACCAAAAGGUAUUAACAAGUGCAGUGGAAUUUAAUGGUAAUUAAAAAUGUAGUUAAUAAUAUAAGAACAGUUUUUUAAAUAUAUUUUUAAUAUGCCUUUUUUGUGGUUAACAAUACCUAAAAUAUUUGUUUGCACUACACUUUAAUUUUUGUUAUAGCUGUCUUUAAACAUUUUUAACAUGAUGAUUAAUCAAUAAUUGUGUGCAUUUAUAUGGAACCUUUCCUCCAAAAUGUUCCCAUGUUUCUUUUACAUACGUCUAAUAUUAAGGCUGGGUGUGGUUCAGACUAUGGUCAGGAGUAGGGUUCUGUUACAUCUAAAUAAUCUUCUGUAGAGAUUAGUUGUUAAAUCAAUUGUCAUCUACUGAUAGUUCAGGAACUGAGAGGAAUUUCAACACGUAAUCGGUGGCAAGAUCUUCAGUGUUGCUUCAUUUCUUGUUUUUGUGCUGUGUACAUUAUAUGCAGUAUUUUCAAAAAUCAUACAUUUAUAAAUAAUGACAUAAAGCAGAAACCCACUGUAAAAUAAGUAUAUUGUACUGUAGGAAAUUUGUAUAUUGUCUGAGGUUUCAAGCAAUAAGCUGAGUAUCCUUUCUGGGUCAUAAAUAUAAAAAGAGAACCUCAUACACAGCUGUUAUUACUUUGAUUUUGUGUUAAAUAUAACUGCCAGGACAGAUGUGUGAAGUGGAAACAUUGUCUACCACUUAUAAAGUGAAUACAAUUAUAUAGUUUUGCCAUGAUUACUGCCUGGCGAAAUGGGAUUGCUAAUUGUGUUUCAUAAUUGCUUGCACUCCAGAUCUGUCAAUUAACACAGUACCUAAAAGUGGUCUAUUGAGAAUUUUCACUAGUAUUCCAACCCCUCUGCAAUGGACUGGCAUUCCAUCCACAGUGUAUACUGCUUGCUUGCUGGGAUAGGCUCUGGCUCACCUGCGAUCUGCGACCCGUGGAUAGCGAAUAGAUUGAUAGAAUGAUCUUAACUCUUUUGUUGUGUGAUUGACUGACUGUUGAUUAGAUUAUAACAUGUUUAAAACUUAAAGGUUUUGACUGAUUCAAACUUGCUGUAUGUCAUGGAAUCAUCAACACAGAUAUUGCCGUGUUAACAUCGUCUUGUGAUGAAAUCAGAUUCUUAUUUUGAAUUCUCAAGUAUUCAUGCUGUGCCUGAUUUCCAAACUGUGCAACAUCCUAUUUUGUGCACUGCAGCUUGAAUCAAUUGAUUUAUCGCCACUGUCCAUUUUUAAUUGCUUCUGUCUGAACAUCUUGCUGUUUUCGUCAUUUUUAUUUUUACGGUUUUCCUGCAAAUAUCCUUUAAAGGUUUUGAGGCACUUUUUCUUUGCUUUUUUUUGGAAGAAUGUCUUGGCCUGGACCACAGUUUAUGACAGCGCUCUUUCUCUGUGUUCAGGCUUGUAUUGUGUCAGUAAACACAUGCACUUUAUUUAACGUUUUGCCUUUGUACUCAAGUGGUACAAAGGAUCUGAGAAAAGAACGAGAAUACUUUAGUAUAAUUUAAAGCAAAUUGUAUGAUCCAUUUACACUGCUUCUUAAGAAAGCGUAAUUUCAGCAUAUUGCAAUACAAAACUAUAUAAGUAAGCACUUCACUUCUUGGUAUGAUAGUGACUUUGAUAAUCUCAUGGGUUCUAUUUGAGUAUGGAAUCAUUAUUUUUUACUUCCUCAUUAAAAUUAUCCAACACAUGUUACAAAGACAUAAGGGAAAACAAAGAACAAUUACAUUUGUAAUAUACCAACUAUGUAUGUAACAUUUCUAAUUGGACAAUGUAGGUGUUAUAAAAUGAUAAAGGUACUGUAUAAGGAAAGAGAUCUACAUCUUAUUCUGUUGUGUCUUCUGUGAUUGUUCUGUUCUGCACAGGGACACCCUUGUCAUUUUCAGUCAAGUUUUUAAUUUACACUGCUUUCUUGUCAAAAUUGUGUCUUUCUAUUACAUGGGUUCUGAACCAAAGAACUUCAAAUAAUGUACAAUAUAUUAUAACUGUAAUACAAAUCUUUUAUAAAAAACACAACAUUGUAUAAAUGCCAUACCUGCACUAAAAAUAUACAGUCUACUGCUCUUUAAUAUAUUCUGUUAGUAAAUAGUAUACACCAUAUCUUAGUAUGUUGUACUUUAUGGGAAAAAUAUGUAAUUAGUUUAGGUUUGUGACAGUCCAUUUUUGCCAAAUAGCCCAAUCUUGUUUUCUUUGUACUACUUUUUUAUGUGUAUUUUUUUUUCAUCAUGUAUAAGAUAAAGAAGCAAACCGGGGCUGUUCGACAAACUGUAUAUGACUACAUUCUUAUAUGGUUUUCACAUCUGUCUUGGCUGAGCAACAGAAUAUGGUACAUUAAAUAUAAUCUGUAAAGAAAAUGUAAAUAAAUAUCAUUGUAUACCUAAAACGUGCUGCUGUGUUCUUUGUGUUUUAUUUGAUUUACCGCUGUGCUUAAAGAGUAAGGGGAUUAUAGGUUAGACUGAGAGUGGAAAACAUCUUGAACAGGACAGUUCUUUCAGUCUCUUGUGGUUUUGGUGUUUCUAGUAACU